CUUGGGUUGUUCAUUUUAAAUAUUAAUUUAAAUGGCAGACCUUUAUCCCCUAACUAUGGUGUUAAUGGGUCGUACUGGAAAUGGAAAAAGUGCAACUGGAAAUAGUAUUAUUGGAAAGAAGUUAUUCGAGUCAAAGAGAAGUUCUGCGGGCAUUACAAGUACUUCCGAGAUGAAAACAUGCGAACGGUCAGAUGGACAAGUAAUAAAUGUCAUAGACACUCCCGGUCUAUUCGACUUAUCCCACGGAACAGAACACGUCACGAGGGAAAUAGUGAAAUGUUUGGAAUUAGUAAGGGAAGGCAUUCAUGCUGUUCUGUUGGUUUUCUCAGCGAAAAACCGAUUCACUCAAGAAGAAGAAGCUACCCUCAAAACCUUGCAAAAUUUAUUCGGAUCUACGAUUGUAAAUUAUGCUAUUGUAGUCUUCACUGGAGGCGACGAAUUCGAUGACGAUGAUGACGACGAUGAAGGCGGCACCUUCGACGAUUACUUGCUUGACUGUCCUGUGGCCUUAAAGGAUAUCCUAGCCACUUGCAAGGGACGGUAUGUACUUUUUGACAACAAAACCAGCAGUGGAAGCAAGAAAAGUGAACAAGUGAAUAAGCUUUUAGAUUUAGUGAAAGAAGUGAUGGACCAAAAUGGAGGACAAGCAUUUACACAUAGCUUGUUUCUUGCUAACAAGUUUGAGGACAAGGCGGAAGAAAUAAAACGCACACUUGAGAAGCAAAUAGAAGAAGAAAGAGAAGCAAGGCGUAAAGCGGAAGAGAAAUAUCAAGAGAUGCAAAAACAAUAUGGGAAUGAUAUUCAAAGACUCACUGAUUUGCAGGUACAGUUGCUAGAGCUACAACAACAUCAACAAGAAGUGCUAGCAAGAAGGCCACCUCGAGCUCCACCUAAAAUCGAAUAUAUUUGUACUAUUGUCUAA